AUGACGUACGGAACGAAGGUUUGGGCAGCACCAUCUACAAUGAUGGCGAAAGUCGACUGCAUAGAAAGGAAGCUGCUUAGACGGCUGCUUGGCUACUUUUGGCCGAAGGCAUGCCAAGAUCUUUACGCGGAAAUUGAUGUGAAGAUCAAGAAAGUUGGGCAGAGCUAUGGUAAAGGACGGUACACCUCGGCGAAGAUGUGGGUAAUCGCCUCAGGCGAUGACAUCAGCCCACCGAUUAGGUCAAGGGCCACUGGAGCAGGGGCCUCGGGAGUCGAAGAGGAACUCGCCUGA